AUGUUAACACCAGUAAUAAAACACGAAUCACAUCAUGAGUCAGAUAGUUCAUGGCUAGGCAGCAGUUUGCGCUCAUCAGAUGGAGGAACAUCCUAUGUUGGAGGUGCGGAUGAUAUUGGCUCGGAUGAGCGGACACGCAUCGAGCGCAAAAUAGAGCAAAUCAAAGAAAGAUUAUAUCGCAUUUCGCUUGCAAGAGAGGCGGAUGUUGAUGACUUCUUAUCUAUGACUAACAGCAUGGAAAAUAGAAGCGAAAAUCCACAAUUAGCACGAGUUCGACAACAUUUCGAGAAAAAAAACAAGAGGAGUUCGCAAGAAAUUGAACAUUUGAAGAAAAAACUGGAACAACUGCAGUCAAAAUUAAUGGAUUUGAAUAUGGGAAUUGUCACCGAAUUCUCAUCUAAAAGCUCUGUCCUUAAUAAUAUUAGGAAAACGGGUCCAUUGCUCCGAGAAGUGAUAGCCGCACCGCGUGGUAUAGCACAUAUAAUCAAAAAUACUUUUGGAUCAGCAGACAAUAUACCAGACCGUAUUGCAAAUAAUGUAUCUAAUGUGGGUCAUUCCACUUUUUAUUCAGAUGCACAAACUAAUGAUAGGACACACAAAUUGGAUUUAGAAAAUUGUGACGCGGGACCAUCACUAGCUAAGCGUGGACAUAAACGUAAUGAAACAUUCCCUUCAAUGGCACUUGAUCUCGAUAAUUUGAUGACCUCACCUCAACCAGAAAUGCUGUCUCGUAAUGAAUCGGAAGUGGGAUUUGCUACUGCAAAUACUGUGGUCGAAUUGGGUAAUGAUGUACAAGAAUUGAAAACACAGAAUCAGACACUUCUUGAACAACUUAAUAAGUUAAAGACGCAGAAUAAAUCCGAAUUCAAUUACUUCAACAAUGCGCUUCAUGAAGAAAGGAUCAAAACACAGAGGCUUGAAGAAAUGUUGAAUGAGACGAUAGAAUUGCAUCAAGCUGAAAUAAUUGCACUUAAAUCUGAUCUCAACACAAUUGCUACGCGGAUGGAUUAUCAAUACAGCGACCGUUUUCGCUCUAUUGAAGAGAACAUUGAGAGUACUCAAAAUAAGAUGAUACGAAUGGAAGUAAAUGUGAAAGAAUGGACAGAAUCUCGACCACAUACAACAUUCAAUUCAGUAAUGCUUUCUGGUACAAAUAUUCUGGUGGAAUUUAUCAAGCUUGUAUUGCUUAUUGUAUCUUUUGCUCUUGAUUUUGUUAAACCUUUUACUGGCACCAGGACACGCGCUGGGUUUGUAAUCAUGUCCUGGUUAGCGCUAAUGAUCUUAACACAUUUCAUCGAUCUUGAUCAAUUAAUACGAAGAAUUGGUGGCAUUUUUCAUCUUUUUUCAUCAUCAUCGUCACCAAAUUCUACUAAUUUAAAUCUUUUAUAG